AUGUUUAGGGACCUUGGAACAUCAUUAACUAACCUCCAGGUGCUCUGGAUGGCUCGCUGUGGACUAACUGACUUGGAUGGAAUUUCUUCUUUCUGUUCUUUAAAGGAGCUGUAUCUAGCAUACAACAGCAUCUCGGAUGUUAGCCCAGUGAGCAUGCUGGAGCACCUGGAAGUCCUCGACCUGGAAGGGAACAACAUAGAAGAUAUUGUGCAGAUCCACUACAUAGCUCUGUGCAACAAGCUGAAUACCCUCACUUUGGAAGGCAACCCUUUCUGCUUUCAACAAAACCCAGGGGCCUCAGAGGAUUCAAAUGGUAACUACAGGGAGGCAGUCAAGAAGCUAAUUCCACACUUGAAAUAUUUGGAUGACGUUCCUGUGAGUGAGAGCUGCACUCAGUCUAACCGUACCGUCAGUAAGGAUUGGCUAAUUGUGAAGGAAGCCAUUAAGGAUGGCAUCUCUGCUGAGGAUCUUGAAAAUCUAGGUGAUGUUGUUGGUUCAAGCAGGCUUGCUUCUCGUCAGCACCAAAAUUCUUCAUCUCCGAGGCCAUCAACCUGCCCGAGACCCCACAGUGCUGGGAGGGUCUCCACAGGGUUAUCUGUUGGGAUCUACAGGGCUGGAGCUCAUGACAACAGGCUUCAAGAUGGUGCCAGCGACCUAACACACGGUACGGGAAGCAUCUUUUGUGGAAACCCUGUCACAGCUCUCCGUGCAAGGAAGAAGAAACAAGGUGAUGUAAUCUCCAGGCUGGAUCCUCGAUUCCUCGGUGUUGUCCUCUUCCUUUCUCUGAGCGUUGCGAACCUGUGA